GAACAUAGAAUAAAAUUAUAUGAUAUGGUUAAAUAUAAUAGAGGUGCAAUGUACCUGGACAUGGACAUGUGAACCCCAAAUGAGAAUCAGCCUUAAUUGGUCUUUGCAUCAACUUCCAGUUUCGCCCCAAUUCACACAAAAUUCAUUGCCGUCAUGGCCACCGUUUCUGAUCACAAACAGACAAACCAAAUAACGCAACAACCUUUGCAGGUUGCAAAGCGUUUGGAGAAGUUCAAAACAACAAUCUUCACCCAAAUGAGUAUGCUUGCUGCCCAACAUGGAGCCAUAAACCUUGGUCAAGGCUUUCCUAACUUUGAUGGCCCGGAAUUUGUAAAGGAAGCAGCAGUUCAAGCCAUAAGGGAUGGGAAAAAUCAGUAUGCAAGGGGUCAUGGUGUUCCAGACCUGAACUUUGCCAUUGCUGAUAGAUUUAAGAAAGACACUGGCCUUGUAGUGGAUCCUGAGAAGGAAAUCACUGUCACAACCGGUUGCACAGAAGCAAUUGCUGCAACCAUGUUAGGACUAAUAAACCCUGGUGAUGAGGUUAUCCUAUUUGCCCCUUAUUAUGAUUCUUACUUGGCCACUCUAUCUAUGGCUGGUGCAAAAGUGAAAGGCAUCACUCUUCAACCUCCUGAUUUUUCUGUCCCCAUUGAAGAAUUGAAGUCCACAAUGUCCAAACAAACUCGCGCCAUUCUCAUAAACACGCCUCACAACCCUUCAGGGAAAAUGUUUUCAACAGAAGAACUCAAUGCAAUUGCAUCUCUUUGCAUUGAGAAUGAUGUUUUGGUAUUUUCUGAUGAGGUUUAUGACAAAUUGGCUUAUGAUAUGGAUCAUGUUUCUAUAGCUUCUCUGCCUGGGAUGUUUGGAAGGACAGUUACAAUGAACUCAUUGGGGAAGACAUUUUCACUAACUGGAUGGAAGAUUGGAUGGGCCAUAGCCCCUCCACACUUGACAUGGGGAGUGAGACAGGCACAUGCUUUUCUCACUUUUGCUUCCACUAAUCCUAUGCAAUGGGCAGCUGCAGCAGCUCUAAGAGCACCAGAUUCUUACUUUGUGGAAUUAAAGAGGGAUUACAUGGCAAAGAGGGAUAUUUUAGUGGAAGGAUUGAAGGAUGUUGGCUUCAGGGUAUUCCCUCCAAGUGGAACCUACUUUGUGAUUGUGGAUCACACACCUUUUGGAUUGGAAAAUGAUGUAGCAUUUUGUGAAUAUCUGAUAAAGGAGGUGGGAGUGGCUGCAAUUCCAACCAGUGUGUUUUAUUUGAAUCCUGAGGAGGGAAAGAAUCUAGUAAGGUUUACUUUCUGCAAGGAUGAGGGAACUCUAAGGGCUGCUGUUGAAAGGAUGAAGGAGAAGCUUAAAAGAAAAUGAUCCAAAUGCAUGCUAUGACUUAGUUUGAGACCUGAUCAAGUAAAUGGAGUAUUUGUUAGUAUAUCAUCUAGAAUAUUUGAUUGUGGACAUUUUUCUUACUGGAAACCCUGAAGUAGGAUAUUAACUUCAUUGAAAGGGUAGAAAAAUGGAUGCCAUGUGUCUAUCAUAAAGUCAGGUCCUCAAAUCUUGUAAUUGGAGAGUAUUAUUUUUCUUCCAAAUUUUGAAGUUUAGCCGGAUUUCCAGUUAGCUUAAA